AUGGCUUCCGUGCAUUUUCCUGGGGAGCAGAACAAUAAUGAGACUGGCAGUGAUAUCCGGGAGGUCCCUAGCAACAUCUCCAAGCCGACGAAGCGACAACGAUGGGCCACCACGCGAGCCGCUGGCCCCAGCGGCGUGCGGAAGCGUGUCUCCAUCAUUGACCGCUUCCACCGACGAACCGAUGGGAGAGAUGAGAAGCGGAAAUCGAACAUGGGUGGCACCGACAACGCGGCCAACAACGAGGAGGGAGACCAGUCGUCCGGACCCAACCGCACGGUGUAUUUCAACAUCCCUAUCCCCGAAUCCGAGCGAGAUGAGGAUGGCCACUUGCGAACCAUCUAUCCCCGGAACAAGAUCCGAACCGCCAAGUACACCCCUUUGACAUUCGUCCCCUUCAACAUUUGGUACCAGUUUCACAACAUCGCGAACAUGUAUUUCUUGUUUGUGAUUAUUCUCAACUUCUUCCCCAUCUUCGGUGCCAACAAUCCCGGUCUAAACGCGGUUCCCCUGAUUGUGAUCAUUGUCGUGACAGCCAUCAAAGAUGCGAUCGAGGACUGGGGACGAACCGUGAUGGACAACCAAGUAAACAACUCGCCUGUGUAUCGACUGAUUGAAUGGAACAACGUCAACUCCACCGAAGACAACAUCAGUCUUUGGCGUCGCUUCAAGAAGUCGUGUACACGGGGCACGCUUGCCACAUACCACUGGAUGCUGUCCACGUUCAACAAGAAGAAACAGCAAGAGGAACAGACCGAAACCGAACAGCGACGCGCCUCAUUUUUGACCACGGCGACCCCCGGACCCCCAGAAGACGUCGCUAUCCAGAUGACCGAUGUUCCAUCGCCGCAGCCAGAGGCUCGUGAAGAAUGGCCGAUGGCAAGCAACCACGAGAACAAAUAUCUGUCCCCCAACACGGCUGCUCGCGAAAGCCUGGUGGAGCCCACCUCGGACCGGAAACUCGGCAGCGUCUUGGACACAUCGAAACAAACCCCUGGCAAGGCUCGAUUUAAACGCGAUUCUUGGAAGAGCAUUCAGGUUGGAGACUUCGUUCGACUGUAUAAUGAAGACCCCAUUCCAGCCGAUAUCGUGAUUCUCUCCACUUCAGACCAGGACGGAGCCUGCUAUGUGGAAACAAAGGGUCUCGAUGGAGAGACCAAUCUUAAGGUCCGCCAAGCCCUUCACUGUGGUCGCCAAAUCCGGCAUGCCCGUGACUGCGAAAAGGCCGAGUUUUUGAUCGAGAGUGAGGGACCGCAUCCCAAUCUUUACUCCUACAAUGGCGCAAUUCGUUGGGAUCAACGCGACCCGCAAUUCCCCGAGGCCCCCCGAAAGGAAAUGGUGGAGCCCGUGACCAUCAACAAUAUGUUACUUCGCGGUUGCUCAUUGCGCAGUACGGAGUGGGUGCUGGGUGUGGUCGUUUUCACUGGUGGGGAGAGCAAAAUCAUGCUCAACUCAGGUGCGACGCCGGUUAAGCGCGCCCGAAUGGCCAAGGACCUGAACUGGAACGUCAUCUACAACUUCAUCAUCUUGUUUUUGAUGUGCUUCGUUGUCGGUGUCAUCAACGGGGUUGCAUGGGCCGCGCCUAACAAAUCCUUGGACUAUUUCGACAUCGAGUCCUUUGGAAAAACGCCUCCUGUCACUGGUAUCGUAACUUUCUGGACUGCAGUCAUCUUGUUCCAGAACUUGGUUCCCAUUUCGCUGUACAUCUCACUCGAAAUUGUUCGGACCAUCCAGGCGGUUUUCAUACACAGCGACGAUUUCAUGUACUACGACAAGCUCGGGCUUUAUUGCGUGCCCAAGUCAUGGAAUAUCUCGGAUGACGUUGGUCAGGUUGAGUACAUCUUUUCCGACAAGACCGGUACCUUGACGCAAAACGUGAUGGAGUUCAAGAAAUGCACGAUCAACGGCGUGUCGUACGGUGAAGCCUAUACGGAGGCUCAGAUCGGCAUGCGGCGUCGCGAAGGAGCCAAUGCUGAUGAGGAGGCCGCUCAAGCUCGACAGCAAAUCGCCGCCAAUGGUCAAAAAAUGCUGGGAAUGCUACGCCGCAUCCACGAUAACCCUUACCUACGUGACGACCAGUUGACCUUCAUUUCCCCGGAUUACGUCGCCGAUUUGGAAGGACGAGCGGGCGAUCAACAGAAGCAGGCUGCGGAGCACUUCAUGCUUGCUCUGGCACUGUGUCACACUGUCAUCACUGAGCAUACUCCCGGUGACCCCCCUCAGAUUGAAUUCAAAGCCCAGUCCCCCGAUGAGGCCGCCCUGGUUAGCACUGCCCGAGAUUGUGGGUUUACAGUCCUUGGUCGUGCUGGUGAUGAUCUUCUUUUGAAUGUCAUGGGUGAAGAACGCACAUAUACCGUUUUGAAUACCCUGGAGUUUAACUCGUCGCGGAAGCGGAUGAGUGCGAUCAUUCGGAUGCCCGACGGCACCAUCCGUCUUUUCUGCAAGGGUGCCGAUAGCAUCAUCUACUCUCGCUUGGCUCGUGGAAAGCAGCAAGAGCUCAGACGGAAGACAGCGGAGCAUUUGGAGGAGUUCGCCAGAGAAGGUCUGCGAACAUUGUGUGUCGCUGAUCGGCUGUUGAGCGAGGACGAAUACCGAGCUUGGAGUAAAGAGCACGAUAUUGCGGCUGCCGCGAUCACGGAUCGUGAGGCGAAGCUUGAAACGGUCUCAAAUGAAAUUGAACAAAAUCUCAUGCUUAUCGGUGGCACAGCUAUCGAGGACCGACUGCAGGACGGUGUUCCCGACACGAUCCAACUACUCGCAGAUGCCGGUAUCAAGCUGUGGGUGUUGACUGGCGACAAGGUUGAGACCGCGAUCAACAUUGGCUUCUCAUGCAAUCUUCUCAAUAACGAUAUGGAGUUGAUUGUGCUCAACAUCCCAGAAACCCAGCACGAGCAAGCUAGUCGGGAGCUCGACAAUCACCUUCAGACAUUUGGGCUGACUGGCUCCGAUGAGGAGCUCGACCUCGCUCGCCAGGAUCAUACCCCGCCCGAACCCACUCAUGCGGUGAUCGUCGAUGGUGAAACACUCAAACUGAUGCUUUCCGAUGAGCUGAAGCAGAAAUUCCUUUUGCUGUGCAAGCAGUGCAAGGCUGUUCUUUGCUGUCGUGUCAGUCCAGCACAAAAAGCCGCAGUUGUGAACAUGGUGAAGAACGGUCUCAACAUCAUGGCUCUCUCAGUAGGUGAUGGUGCAAAUGAUGUUGCUAUGAUUCAAGAAGCAGACGUUGGUGUCGGUAUUGCAGGUGAGGAAGGAAGGCAAGCUGUGAUGUCCUCGGAUUAUGCAAUUGGCCAGUUCCGUUACCUUCAGCGCCUUCUGUUGGUGCACGGAAGAUGGUCUUACCGUCGCCUGGGAGAGUGUACGGCCAACUUCUUCUACAAGAACCUGGUGUGGACUUUUGCGCUCUUCUGGUACUGCAUCUACAACGAUUUCGACGGUUCCUAUCUGUUCGAUUACACCUACAUCGUGUUGGUCAACGUGGCCUUUACCUCGUUACCGGUUAUCUUCAUGGGUAUUUUCGACCAGGAUGUUGAUGACAAGGUAUCUCUUGCUGUACCUCAGCUCUACAUGAGAGGCAUCGAGCGCAAAGAGUGGUCACAACUCAAGUUUUGGAUGUACAUGGGCGAUGGUCUGUACCAGUCACUUAUCUGCUACUUUAUGCCGCAUCUUCUGUAUGCCCCGGCACGUUUCGUGCACUCAGAGGGACGGAAUAUCAACGACCGAGUCCGUAUGGGUGUAUUGGUUGGGUCUUGUGCUGUCAUCGCCAGCAACACCUACAUCAUGAUGAACACCUACCGAUGGGACUGGUUUACCACCCUGAUAAACGCCAUUAGUUCUCUUCUGAUUUUCCUCUGGACUGGUAUUUAUACGUCUUUCCUCAAUGCCGGCCAGUUCUACAGAGCCGCCUCCGAAGUCUAUGGAGCAUUAAGCUUCUGGGUUGUGCUUCUUUUGACUGUCACCAUAUGCCUGCUUCCCCGAUUCGCAUACAACGCUGUCCAGAAAGUGUUCUUCCCGCUUGAUGUCGAUAUCAUCCGCGAGCAGGUGACUCAAGGAAAGUUCAAGUACCUGGAUGCGUUUGAGGAUUACGUGCCCCCUCAAGCCACUGCCAAAGCCACCACUAUGAGUGAUGAGUCGGCAACCUCCUCAGAGCUGGGCAAGCCCAUUCAGCCCACGAUGAAGCAGGACCCUGGGAUCCCAGAUGAUGAACGGCCAUUCUACCCGCCGUCCGUUGCCCCCACGGCGCAUACUCAUAACCCGCGAAGUCAGAAUGGCAGCAAUGGUACCAAUUACACUGCAAGCCUGGACCACUAUCCCCGUCCCCAGUCGGUGGACUAUGUGCGACGGUCCCAGGAGCGGACCCGGCACUCCUUCGAGCGGGGCCGGCCAAGUUUUGAGCAAUCCAAUGAUUUCACCUCCGCCGCCAUGCUUUCCCGGGUGGAAUCCUCUCAGACACAAGGCCCCCUUCAAGAUCCCUUCCGGGCCCCUAAUGAGCCUCCUGCACAUAUGAUCUAA